AUGGCCGAAAAAGAAGAGAUUGAGGAAGUGGACAAGAGGGAAUACACUCAUCAACUAAUCAUGGCUGAGGAGAUUGAUAUUGACGACUAUUCAAGAGACAGGUCUAGAUCGCCUGUGAGAGACAGAGAUGCUUCGCCAGGUAGAAACUCUAGAAAGGACUACCAUGCUCCUCGUGGACAGGACAGAAGAGGUGGUUACUCCAGAAGAGGCAGAGACCGUGGCGACCGUGGCGACCGUGGCGACCGUGGCGACCGUGCUGACCGUGCCUUCAGAGACAGAGUCUCUCGCCGCAACAAUGACCGCCGUGGAGGUGAGCGUCGUGACAGAGGCGAGAGAGGCCCAAGAAGAGGUGCUAUCUCUUCUGAGGAUGCUCUGACUGUUCCAGGUGACGAUGAGCAACGUAGCAAGGUGGAGCGUAACUACAACAACUCCAUUUUCAUCGGUAACAUCCCAUUUGAGUCCACCGCCCAGGAGGUCGAGGAAAUCUUCAAGAAUGAUUUUGACGUGGUGAGAACUGAUAUUGUCACCAGACGUGGUCUUUCUCGUGGUAUGGCCACUGUGGAAUUCUCUUCUGUUGAAGAUGUCGAGAAGGCUAUUGCCAACUUUGACCGUACUCAGUACCAGAACAGAGAAAUCUUUGUUAGACAGGACUACCCUCCUCCGGAGGACAGAAGAGAGAGAGAGUCCACCAGAACUGCCACCACUGCCAUUGAUGAAGACCGUGAGCCAAACCCUGAGGUUUUCGUUGGUAACUUGCCUUACACUACUUCGUGGCAAACUUUGAAGGACCAGUUCAAGUCAGUUGGUUCAAUUGUACGUGCUGAUGUGCUCGUCGACCGUCAAGGUAAGUCUCGUGGUUACGGUACUGUUGUUUUCAGAAGCACUGAAGAUGCCCAGGCUGCUAUCGACAGGUUCAACGGUACCUCUAUAGAAGGCCGUAAGAUCGACGUUCGUUUCGCUAGAGAAUCGAAGAAGUCUGCUCAGAGCGGCAGCACCAAGAAGAACACUGCCUUGACUGAGGGUGUUAUUGGCGAUGGUGAAAGAUCCAAGACCAUCUAUGUCAGCAACUUGCCUUACAUCACCACCGAGACAGACUUGUAUGAUCUCUUUGAGACCGUUGGUCAUGUUACCCGUGCUGGUAUCCAAUUGGAAGCGCGUGGAAGAGCAUCCGGUAAUGCCGUGGUUGAGUUUGAGAUUGAGGACCUCGCCGACUUGGCUAUUAAGAACUUGAACGGUUACAAUUACGGUGGCCGUCCAUUGCAAAUCAGCUUCGCCCAAUUCCCUACCGAUGCUGAUAUGGCUGAAGAGUAA